AUGCCAUCGAAUCUAUCCGCUACCCCAGGUAUCGACCGUCCGCCGCGGAAACAGCGCAAGUUGCGUGCCGUAGUAGCAUGUGACUCCUGUCGGGCGCGAAAAGUUAAGUGUGACGGAACCGAGCCUUGCACUAGUUGUAUUCAACACGGUUUCACCUGUUCCUUUAAGGAACAACCACAACAAGCUACACCGGAAGGGACCAGGGCUGACCGCCGGCGACAGCGCAAGACGCAGCUAGCCUAUGCAUGUGGUACUGCUGGAGAUGUGAGGGCACGGCAGCCAGGCUCCUUGGUGUUUCCGGCGACGGUGAUUCGGCAGCCGAUUACGCUACCACGUCCUCGCCAAUCGACAGUUGAGCCGGGCAGCCCAAGUUCACCUCAUCCGCAGACCUUGCUUGAUGUGCCGACUUCCCAGCUGGCAACUCCGAGAGAGACCAAUUCAGAUUCUGGCAAGACGCACAUCUGGGCAGAAGAUGCCGAGUUCUACGGACCAACAGGUACUUUCUACUUCCUCUCCCAACUACGAUCUCGUGCCGGGGUAUUGAAAAGCCCUCGGAGUUCCGAGAGGGAAGGUCAGGAUCCUGCAAGUGGCGCGAAUCCGUCCUCUGUUGUCCAUCUCAUGCGUAGCGCCGAGUACAGUCACGAUGACCUGAGAUCUUCAAUUGAUCUCUCGUCUCCACAACAACCAGGCCAAAAGGAAUCAUUGGCGACAUGGGGGCCGGAGUGCCCAACUCGUUCUCAUGAGAUCAAGAUAGAACGAGAAUGCAUCCGACUCUACUUCCAGAACCUUCAUUGCAUCCACCCCAUAAUCAAUCAAUCGUCAUUUCUCCAGCAGUGCGAGCAUGAGAUCUGGCCAGAUGCAACGGGAGAUCCUGCGAGCCGUGUGGACCGCAAGAAGCUUUCAUUCCUUGCGCUCUUCUACAUCGUGCUCGCUAUUGGAGCAAUUACGGCGGGUGAUACUUCCCUGCUGGUCUGGGAGGACACUAUCAGAAUCUUGAACGAAGCCGAGAAGAAGCAGAGCAUGGAAACUGCAGAAGGAUCCGGCAUCUUCCCACCUAUCCGAGCUGCCCGUCUAUUCUUCCACAAGUCCAAGGACUGUAUGGGUGAUGUCUUUGAGACGAGUUCCCUGGAGUCUGCACAAACCCUGUUCCUCAUGGCCGUGUUCUGCCAGAACGCCCUGAAGCCGCAUAGUUGUUAUUUAUACAACGGUAUGGCGAUUCGAACGGCCUUCGCCAUCGGUAUACCUGCUGCUGGGCGUCCCUUGUCGCCUGCAGAGACUUUGUUUUGGUGCGAGAUGUGCUCUUCCGCCGGUCGUAUUCCCGCUCUGCGAGAAGCAAGCUUCUACAAUCUGCCUCCUAUCGAAGACUUGAUUGAAUCCUCUCCCCUGCUCCCGAUGAUAUCUACUAUGGCCGGCCUGGCUAGCAUAUACUCCCGCAUUGCGUUCGCUAAUACCCGAGACGCCAAAGAGGAGUUCGGUCUCGAUACAAGAUCAAGGGUGGCAACUGACCUGGAGGCAUCCUUGCUAGCAUGGAAAACUAAUUUACCCCCGGCUUUAAACUUUGAGACCAUGUCCUUGCAGGAACAUGCACUGGUCACGAAGCAAAAGAUUGUUCUGAAGUUACGCUAUCUCAAUGCCCAGAUACUCAUUCACAGGUCCUUUCUCAUUUCCUCCAUCACCAAACCUGUUCGCAGUACGAUAUCAUGGCACAUUGCUUCUUGUGUGGAAGCGGCCCAGGCUACAAUACAGUUUGUGCAUCACAUUUAUCUGCACCGCCCCUAUUUUCGCACGUGGUGGUACAACUGCAUCUAUGUCUUGGAUGCCAGCAUGGUGUUGUUGCAGGCUGCCUUCUCGGACGCUUCGGAGGUUGAUGCUCAAAGCAUUGCGAUCGAUAUUGACAAGAGCCUGGACAUUUUUGCCGCGAUGAAGACACUUGCCGUCGCAAGGAGAUGCCACAGUGUCAUCAGUGAUGUCUUUACUGCCGUAAAAUCCCUCCGGAGCCAACAAGACGAUCGGCCCGAUGAGAUGCAGCAGGACAGGCUUCAACCAGCGAUUCAGAAUGACGAGCAAGCCUUUAGGUUUGUCGACUAUUCGGCAAUGGAUGAUCUCAGUGAGGCCUCCUUGAAUCCGCCACACGAGGAUUGGUUCGCCAAAUUGAUAGAUGGAAACGUGGCUCUCGACUUUCUAGAAGUCAACGAUUGGUCCGCGUGGUCUCAAGGGGUGGUAGGAGGAGGGAAGACUCACGGUUGCUAG